AUGCUCUCGAUACCAAGAGUCAGUGCUGUACUGGCCCUGGGUGCUCUUUGGGCAAACACAUGUUCCGCAUUCUACCUCCCAGGAGUGGCUCCAAACGACUAUGCCAUCGAUGACCCUGUUGCCGUCAACGUCAAUUCAUUAACCCAGAUGUCCAAUCAACAAGUCAAGUCCGUCAUUUCCUACGACUACUACGAUGAACGCUUCCACUUUUGUAAACCUGAAGGAGGUCCACAGACACAAUCCGAGAGCCUUGGCAGUAUCCUUUUCGGUGAUCGUAUCUUUUCUUCUCCCUUCGAGCUCAAAAUGGGCAAUGAUGAAGAAUGCAAGCUCUUGUGUCAAACCGACAACAUUCCCAAGGAAGAUGCUGAAUUUAUCAAUCAAUGCAUUGCCGACGACUAUGCCAUCAACUGGGUGGUAGAUGGCCUUCCAGCAGCACAUGUUGAAAAAGAUGAGCACACUGCAGAGGAAUACUACAAUAUCGGUUUCAGCUUGGGUUUCGCCAAUGGUGGUAAAGCAGCCCUCAACAAUCAUUACAAGAUCGUCGCGUAUUACCAUGAACGAUCCGAUGGCACGCGACGUGUUGUUGGUGUGGUGGUUCAUCCUGCAAGCAAGGACACCAAACUCAAGGCUGAUGGCACUCCCGAUUGUAAAAAGGAAAACUUGGCAUUCUAUCUUAAGGGUGAUGGUUCGGAUAAGGUCGUUUACACUUAUGACAUUCAAUGGGUGGCUUCUGAAACUGCAUGGGCUACUCGAUGGGAUAUGUACUUGCAUAUUUUGGAUCCUUCUAUCCACUGGUUCUCGCUUGUUAAUUCGAUUGUCAUUGUUCUCUUCUUGACUGGUAUGGUUGGCAUGAUCUUAUUGCGUGCUUUGCACAAGGAUAUUUCUCGCUACAAUGCUGUUGAGGCACAGGAGGAUGUACAAGAAGAUUAUGGCUGGAAGCUCGUACACGGCGAUGUAUUCCGACCACCUACCCAUCCUAUGUUGCUUUCGGUUUUGGUUGGUAGUGGUAUGCAACUUGUAGCAAUGACUGGGCUGGUUCUCGUCUUUGCCAUUUUGGGCUUUUUGUCACCUUCCAACCGUGGCUCGCUCGGUACUGUGAUGGUCAUCUUUUUCAUGGUCUUUGGCUGUAUCUCUGGUUUUGUUUCGGCACGCAUUUACAAGAUGAAUGGAGGCGAAGCAUGGAAGACCAACAUUAUCUUGACAGCAUGCUUGUUCCCUGGCCUUGUUCUCGGCUCGCUCUUUGCUCUCAAUUUUUUCCUGAUUGCAUCACAUUCAUCGGGUGCUGUUCCUUUUGGAACCAUGGUGGCUGUUCUUGCUUUGUAUUUGGUCAUUUCCUUCCCAUUAACAGUAGCCGGAUCAUACUUUGGUUUCCGAAAGCCUCGCAUUGAACACCCUGUGCGCACCAAUCAGAUCCCCCGACAGAUCCCUGACCAACCAGUUUAUCUACGUUCAUUGCCAUCGAUCUUUAUGGGUGGCAUUUUACCUUUUGGUGCCAUUUUCAUUGAACUUUAUUUCAUCAUGAACAGCAUUUGGUUCCACAGAAUUUACUAUGGCAUCGGUUUCUUGUUCCUUGUAUAUGGCGUUCUCUUGCUCACAUGCUCCCAGGUUACGAUUCUCAUGUGCUAUUUCCACCUGUGCAACGAAGAUUAUCACUGGUCAUGGCGCGCUUUUCUCACUGCUGGUGCCUGUGGUUUCUACGUUUUCUUAUACUCGAUCUUGUACUAUUUCACCAAGCUCCAAAUCCAAUCCUUUGUUUCAAUGGUAUUGUAUUUCGGAUACUCUGCCAUCAUCAGCAUGUUGAUGACCGUACUCACUGGUGCUGUCGGUUACGUGUCGUGCCUUUUCUUUUUACGCAAGAUUUUUGGUAGCAUCAAAGUAGACUAA